UAUUUUUUUUAAAAUAUUUCGAUGAGAGGAUGCCGCGAACUGCCGCGAGAAAUCGCGUAACCCCGACGAGACGUGCGUUCGAUCACAAUAGCUGAGAUGGUAUCCCGUCGCACAAUGCGCAACUCUCGUUUUCGAUGUUGUUUCUCACGGGAUAUUUCAUAUUCGCGUUUGUCGCGCGGUUUUAGCAGCUUUCAGCAACCUUUUUGGUUUUUCGCAAACAGCAAGAACUCGCUAAGCGUUGUGUAGUCCACAGUGCAUACAAUGCGUCUUUGAGAUAUAUUUACAGAGUGGUGCGAGGAUUUAUUCCAAGAAUGGAAUUAUCAUCAGAGAUAUUGGGAAAUAUAGUUAUCGAUAAUAAAAAUGUCAUGGAAAUAUUGAAGGACAAUGAAAGUGUUACGGAAGAGGACAUUAUAUUUGAGUCUGAGGUGACCGAAGAAUCUGAGGAUGCUGAGAUUGAGGAGAUUAUAGAAAUAAUCGAAGAAGUUGAGGAAUGUGAUGAUGAAUCUUCGGAUCAUGAAAAGUCUUCAUCGAAGAAUAAAGUGACGGAUGCAAAAACAAAUGAAACAACAGAGAAAAAUGAUGAUGCGAAUAAGAACAACAUAGAACUCUACAGCUUUGAUGAGGACAAUUCCAUGUUUGUCAUAGAAUCUACAAAUGAGGAAACAGCCAAGAGCCAGAAUAUCAGCGGACAAAAGACUAUUAAUAAGCAAGUUAUAACGUAUGAUGUUGACGAAGACUGGCAGGAUGAGGAUUUGGAGCGCAUAGAAUUGGAUAAUAAUUCCGAAAUAGUAGACAGUAAUUGCGAGAGUAAUUUACAGUCUAACAAAAAACAUGUAAAUAAUCAAAAUGUCUUACUGCAAUCAAAUAGAUUAGAUUUAAGAAAUGUUGUAAAUAAUAUUGAAGACGACAACGAAACACCUCAUGAGAUCGUCAAAAAUGUAGAGAACAAUUUAUUGUACACCGUGCUCGGAACGAAGAAACAAGAUACUUCUGCGAAGCAACAACAGGAUAAACUUUCAGAUGCACAAUUUUUAAAGAUGGAACGACUUGAUGAAAACACUAUACCGGUCGAGGGUACAAUCUAUUAUGAAGGAGAUAACAUGGAGACACUAUAUGUAGCGCAAGCUAUGGAAGAUACCGAACAAUAUCAGUAUGAUAAUACGGCAAUAGAGCAGGAAUCUGAAUCUAUGUCUUGGGAGGCAACAAAUCCAGAAUCUAUUGAAGCUCAAGAAGAAAAUUCUCAGGAUCAGAUAUUCUUGCAUGAGGAUGAAGAAGGUCAGUUAUACUUUAAGGAUGCCAGUGGUACUUUGCAACCAGUGUAUUUGACCGAAGAUGGCAAUUAUGCAAUUGCUGAAACCAAUAAUGAAGAUCACACUGUUAAAGAAUCGCCAUCAAAAUCGCAGCAGAAUAACAGCAUGGAAGAAGACGCUUUUAUUUUGCCCGAACUUGAUUCUAAAUCCUCUAGCAAACAGACAACGAGUAAUGCAGUGUCACCGUCGUCGAUUCAAGAUCUUGAGAACGAAGACAAUACCGUAACUAUAUCCUUAAUAAUAUCAGAAGAUGAACACGGACAAAAAAGAACUCAAGUUAUCAUACCAACGACCGACAAUUUGAAGUGCGAUAUUUGUAACAAAUCCUUCAAAACGUCGUUCCAAUUACUCAGACACAAUAGACUAAAACAUGCUCGUGAGGAAGAUAUAACUACAAGAAAUUUUCCUUGUGAUUUGUGUCCUAAAAGAUAUCCAGAUCAGACUUCUCUCGCCCGUCACAGAAAGACUCACACCGGUGACCGACCGUUUCAAUGCUUAGAGUGUCACAAGAACUUCCCUACGUCCACGGCGUUGCGUCGUCACUUGACGCAACAUAUAUCUCAAUCGCGACCACUUCCUUGCAUCUAUUGCGGUCGGAGAUUCAUAGACAAAGCCAGUCUAGCGAAACACGAGGAGUCCCAUAUGCCAAACGACCAGCGCAAAUACACGUGCGACAUAUGUCAGAAGACCUUCUAUCACAUAACUGAUCUGAGCAUGCACAAGAAAUAUCACGAGCCCGACAAAAAGUUCGAUUGCGAAGUGUGCGGUCGCGAGUUCAACAGAUUGAAUAAUCUGCAGAGACACAUGAUGGUGCAUCAGCAAGUAUGUCAAAAGGGUGGCAACGAAGAGAUACUUUCCUGCGACGUAUGUGGGAUCACGUACAAAUUCAUGAGUUCGUUGACAAGGCACAUGGUAACUACGCACAUGAAUCCCGAAAAACUGAGAAAACAAGCGGAAGAGCAGCGACGAAAACGAGAAAACAGUUACCGAAAGUAUUUAGAGAAUCGAAAGAUGUACGAAACUCAGCAGCAAUCUCCAUAUGGUACAAAGCGUAAUUAUCAUCACAACGCGCGUCUGCUUACCGGAAAUAAUGACGAAACAGCUUGACUUAAAUUUUCUCGUAGUUUACUGACAGUCUUGUAAACUGCAGUGGUAAGAUCGUUUGUGAAAUUGUUUUGUGAAAAAAAGAUAACGUACAUUAUUUUUUCCUCACGAGAGAAAAUAGACCUCGAUUUUCGCCAGAUCUCUUCUUUAGAAUCUAAGAUAAAUCUAUAAAUCUCUUGUGGUUUGUGAAUUGAUUCAAUUAAUGACGAAUUGUCUUACAUCACAAAGAUAAAUUUUUAUUCGAAUUUCCAUUAAUUUGAAAAAUGUUAACGAUAAAAACGUUUGAAUAGAUACAAAACUAGAAAAACGAUGAACAUUUAUAUUAAACCGCAUUUGUAUAGAAGUA